GGAGCCUUUCAGCCAGAACCACCAUCUUGCAGUAAUUCGCCAAAAUGACGAACACAAAGGGAAAGAGAAGAGGCACCCACUACAUGUUCUCUAGGCCUUUCAGAAAACAUGGAGUUGUUCCUUUGGCCACAUACAUGCAAAUCUACAAGAAGGGUGAUAUUGUAGACAUCAAGGGAACGGGCACUGUUCGAAAAGGAAUGCCCCACAAAUGUUACCAUGGCAAAACUGGGAGAGUCUACAAUGUUACCCAGCAUGCUGUUGGCAUUAUUGUGAACAAACAAGUUAAGGGCAAGAUUCUUGCUAAGAGAAUUAACGUGCGUGUUGAGCACAUUAAGCACUCUGAGAGCCGAGAUAGCUUCUUGAAAUGCGUGAAGGAAAAUGAUCAGAAAAAGAAGGAAGCCAAAGAGAAAGGUAAAAAAAAAACCUGGGUUCAACUGAAGCGCCAGCCUGCUCUACCCCGAAAGGCACACUUUGUAAGAACCAAUGGAAAGGAGCCUGAGCUGCUGGGACCUAUUCCCUAUGAAUUCAAGGCCUAACAGGGGUACAAUAAA